AUGAGGGCUGUCUUCGUCGCUCUGGCAUGCCUCCUGGGCCUAGCCCUAGGCUAUGAUAAAAACAUAGAAUGCAUCAAUGGCAUCCGCACCGCUAUUGCCAAGUUUACAUUCACAGGGGAUUCGCCGGUCAGCUACUGGGGAAAUUUAUGCCAGAACAAACUCGCCGUUCAGUCUGAAUGGGCUGCCGCAAAGGUAUACUGCAAUGAAAAACAGAUGAAGGCAGGCUCAAAAUACUUGGCCGACUAUUGCAUGGAAUACGGCAUGAUGGAGCUGAUCCCGUACUCCGAAAUCGAGCCUAUGUUGACCGACGACUUCAUCGCGUCGCUUGAAGUCGUGGAUUACAAUGACAUCAACGCUACGAAGAUAUGGGAUCAUCCUGUUCUUCUCUCCAAAGACUUCUAUAAGGCUGGAUACGAAACAACGUACACCUUUACGAAGGAAUAUAAUACCCACAAAAGAUACGGAUGGGCCGUGUAUGGAUUCUGGGGAACGAUUCUAUUGAUUGGAAUGCUCCACCGGUUUUACAGCCACAUAUCCAAUGACCGGCGGAUGAAAAGUCAAGGAGAUGUCGAGGAUCAUGGAGCCAAAUCUCGCUCGAAAAACCCGACUUCCAUUUUCAGUACUGCUUACCACUGGGUCCGGGCCAACCUGAUCAUCCCGGCGGCAUUUGGAUCCCAUCACAACCGUCUGCUCUGGUACUGUACUGUGCCUACCCGCAUGGAGACGCUUAUUGUCGCCUCCUUCUGGAUCAUAAACAUAGUACUCUGCUGUGUUUCCUACGAAGCCUUUUGGCCCAAUUUAUAUUACACAAAAGCCAUGCAACUAUGGCGUUAUGUCGCUGACCGGACGGGCAUCAUGAGCUAUGCGAACUUGCCAAUCUUGUGGAUGUUCUCGGGACGAAACAACAUCUUUCUGUGGUUGACGGGCUGGAGCUUUUCGACUUUCAACAUCUUCCACAGACACGUUGCCCGCAUCGCCACUCUUCAGGCAAUCGUGCAUUCAAUUGCAUACACUGCGAUGGAGGCCAACUUUCACCAGCUUGCCGAAUCAUGGAAAGAGAAGUACUGGUACAUGGGUGGCAUGGCAACCAUCGCCAUGGGAUUGAUAGUCUUUUUCUCGUCCGUUUGGUUCCGUAAGCACAGCUACGAGUUCUUCCUGCUGCUGCACAUUGUCUUCUCCGUUCUUACCAUCGUUGGCUUGUUCUUCCAUACUGCAAUCUUCGAUGGGGAGUACGACGGGUACCUGUGGCCGCUAGUCGCAAUCUGGUGCUUCGAUCGCUUUGCCCGUCUCGUCCGCCUAGCAUACUGCAACCUUCACGUGAGGUUCUCCAAAGGGUUGACGAUGUCAACAACAAUAGCCAGCUAUGACAAAACAUCCGAUCUGAUCAGACUGGAUGUCAUUCCGGCAUCGGGAUUGCUGAGGCCUGGUCCUGGCCAACACUACUUCAUCUACCAGCCAAACAGGUGGAAGGGUUGGGAAAACCACCCUUUCACACUGGCGCAUUGGACCGAGCUAGACAAUGGGGAACAGGUCGCCACCCUUGACCCCGAUUCGGACUCGUCGUCGGACUUGAGAAAAGAGGUUAAAGUCACUGCCAAAGCUCCUUCAUCUCAAGCCUCUUCGUCAUCAGUUGUCGUGGAGAAGAAUGGUGGAGUUCCCACCAAGCAGGUUACCGGUCGAUACAAGCUGACCUUUUUCGUGCGGCCGUUCAGCAGUUGGACAAGACGUCUGCGAGAUGAAUGCAUCAAGUCCAAGACAGGGAUGCACAAGACCCAGGCUUUGAUCGAAGGUCCCUACGGCGAAAAGAGUCCUCUUCACACGUUUGAGAACGUCAUCUUUAUCCUAGGCGGUACCGGUAUCUCAGGAGCCCUGCCGUAUAUGCAGGAACAUCUUCAGAGAACCGCUUCAAAUCCAUCAAAAACACGCACGCGGGACAUCACCUGCAUCUGGGCAUGCAAGCAACCAGAGAUGAUCCGCGAGAUAGCGUCUUCCGAGCUGCAACCCCUUCUUGGUCGAGAGGACAUCCAUUUCAAGUUCUACUUGACCUCCAAGAAAGCGUCUGCCAGCACGAAAGCGGUUGAGCUCAAGAGCUCGAGCUCGUCCGACGCCAGCACAGAAGUGACCAUCACACCUGGCCGGCCAAACAUCAAAGAGCACGUGCGAACCGUUAUUGACGAGGUCAACGCCGCUGGCGCGGUAGGCGGCAAGAUCGCCAUCUUGACUUGUGGCCCCGCGGCUAUGGCCGACGCUGCCCGAGUUGCAGUGCAUCGUGCCUUGAAAGACGGAAAGCGUGGCGUCGAAUACUUCGAAGAGACCUUUGGGUGA